GAGAGAGUUUAACCUCAAGCAGAGUAAACCGAAACCAGAACUAAAAGGAUGGUGGCAACAUCAGACUGUGGCGAAAAAGGCAAACCUGGAAACAAGGUUUCUAAACCACUCAUGGAGAAGAAACGAAGAGCGCGGAUAAACCAGUGUCUGGAUGAGUUAAAAUCUAUUCUGGAGAGCUUCUACAGCAGCAGUAUUCGAAAGCGCAAGCUGGAGAAGGCCGACAUCCUGGAGCUCACAGUGAAACAUCUGAGGAACCUCCAAAAGAUACAGAGCGGUUCCCUCGGCGCUUCGGAAUUUCCUGAUUACCAGCUGGGCUUCCGUAGCUGCCUGGCAAACGUCAACCACUACCUGCUGCUGGCAGAUCACCUGAAUGGGAGUGAGCGCUGGAUGCUGUCGCAGCUCUCCAGCAAACUGUGUCCCUCUCGGCGGAGGGGGGAGUCCUCCAGCACCACGGACAGCGAGCCGGGCCAAACUGCGCCGCCGGAGGAGGCGCAAAACCUCCGGCUGUCCCGCGCACACGGACACGAUGAGGGGAAACCGGACAGAUCUGAGACUGCGAAACUCCAAGCGACCCACACGGUUUCUUCUUUACCCAGCGAGGAUGCGUGCCGGUUAUUUGACUCCAAACAGAUUGUUUUUGUGCAGAAAGUUCCCGCCGGAGACAUGGAGGCGCAAAUGGCCAGUCACAAGAAACCCGAGUGCGUCAGUCCGGAGCAUGAAGCUGGGAACACGGAGCUCAGAGUGUGGCGGCCUUGGUGAUGCUGAUGGGAAGCUCCGAAAGUUUAUAAUUGCACUAUAGAUUUUCAUGUCAUGAUAUUAAGCUGAUGUAUGUAUUAUUUUAUUAAUAAAACUCUCGAAACAGUGAUUGUGUUGUUUAUGAAACCUGAUAAGACUGAAUAUCGUCGGAAACAUGGUGAAGCUUCGACCCAACUCUUUGUUUGGUUAGACUGCUUU